AUGGCUUCAAUGAAAACCCACCUUCAGGCAGUCGCCGACCAGACCCACACAUCAAGUGACGGUCGGUUCGUGCUCGAGCUCAAUGACCUCACCACUUGGAUCCUCUACUCGAGCGACGCUUCGCUUGAGCUGGAGUACGAGCCUGCUGUGGACGACACGCCUAGCGUGCUGAAAGCAACUCUGCCUAUGUCGGGCACCCUGAGGGUGACGCGGGUCCCGUACGAGGAGACCCACUCUCAGUACGACGACGCGGUGUCUCUCUUGGACCAGUACUCCGGAUCAUAUCCGACCAAGGCCAACCUUAGGACGUGGAUGCACAAGACCAACACGGACAGAGGAAGGUACCGCAUCGAUUGGACGACCGCUGGCGACGGAUCAGGACUUCUCCACUAUGGCCUUCCCCAUCACCAGAGCAAGGUUCGCAGCAGCACGGCCGAGAGGACGGGGAUCUAUCUCGCCAGCCCGACAAAGGGAGACAUGGAGCUAUUCACUGGCACGUCUUGGAUUAUCGCGGAGAACGAACUGCCCGAGUUCGAGUGGAUCCCGAGCAUGUCUGGCAUCACCGACUCUUUGCAGAUGGCAUGGAUUACUUACUACCUGGAAGCCGAAAUUGCCGUUCCUCUGAACACAGAAGAAGUGGCUGGCGGAAGCGUGUACUUUGGUGCCAAGCACCUGAUGGCCUACAGUCAACUUUGUCUCGUGGCCGCAGAGCUCGGGAGGGACGACCUGGUAGAGACUUGUUUGGACCAGGUGGAACAGAACUUCGACGAGUACUUGCAGCACACCAACGGAAACGCUCUUGUCUACGACACGGUCUGGGGUGGUGUUAUCGGAGGGCAAGGGCUGGAAGAAGACAACGGUGCAGCGGAUUUCUACGCGUCCUAUUACAACGACCACCACUUCCACUACUCCUACGUAAUAAACGUCGCCGCUGUCUUGGCCUACCUUCGUCCGAGCUGGAUCGACAACACGAAGGUCGCUUGGGUCAACACCUUGAUCCGUGACGUCAACAGCCCCGACCAGGCAAGAAGCGCGGAUAUGUCAAGGCGUUUCUCUCUCUCCGAUGCGUACUUCCCUCAGUUCCGUUCGUUCGACUGGUUCAGCGGGCAUAGCUGGGCCAGAGGACUCCUCUUUGCCUACGACGGGAAGGAUCAGGAAUCGACAUCCGAAGAUGUCAACUUCUACUACGCCAUGACCAUGUGGGGAAUCGCUACGGACAACGCUUUCAUCGAGGGGCUGGGCCGGCUGCAGACGGGCGUCGUGAGGAAUGCUAUCAAUGAGUACUUCCUCCUGAAAGACAGCAACCAGAACCACCCUGACGACUUCGUCAAGAACAAGGUGACAGGGAUCUUCUUUGAAAGCAAAGUCGACUACACGACGUGGUUCGGUGACAAUGUGGAAUACAUCCAUGGGAUUCAGAACAUCCCUGUGACGGCGAUCACAGAGUUUGUUCGUGACGCCCAGUUCUGCAAGGAAGAGUGGGAUCAGAGGCUGGAGUCUGCGGUGGAGAGCGCGGAGGGCACGUGGAACACGGUCUUGUACAUGAGCUAUGCCACCAUCCAGAAGAACGAGGCGUUCGAGAAAAUGCUCACGAGCGGGACUGACUCUGGUCUCAAGCGGACUUGGGCGCUCUACUGGGCUGCCACGAGGCCUGCAUGCUCCACCUACUGCUCCCACGAUGAGGUGGACCUUGCCGAACCUCCGAUCCCAACACCUGCUCCGGCCGUCCCAACCGGCGCCUUCGAGGGCAUCCCUGCUACCAUCCCGGGCAGAGUAGAGGGGGAGGAAUUUGACUACGGAGGGGAAGGUGUUGGAUACUCGGACACGGACGCAGGCAACAACGGAGGACAAUUCCGUACGAGUGAAAACGUGGACAUCUCGAUCAAUGGGGACGGGUACAACGUCGGGUGGAUGAGUAGCGGCGAGUACUUGCGGUACACGAUCGACGUCACGGAGGAUAUCUCGGACUUGGGCUUCAGCUUCUCCGUGUCUAGCCCGUACACCAACGUCGACGAGCGUGGCACCUUUCGUGUCGUGACGGGGGGGGGGGGUUGCGACGACGAUGAUGCGACGGACCUUAGCGGGCUGGUUACCGCGCCGUACACGGGAGCGUGGGGAAGCUACGAGACCGUGGAAGCGAAUGGAGGUCAAUCCCUCGCCACUGGACAGACCGAAAUCUGGCUGUGCGUCGUCAGCGCUGGUUUCAACCUCGACUAUUUCGACAUUGGGGCAGAGACUUUGGUGUUCGCCGACAUCUCGGAACAUCUAUCGUCUGUUGAAUCGGCCGAAACGCUUCCUCCAACAUCGUCACUGGCGGCGGGGAAUACGGGAAUGGCCCAAACACCAUCCCCAACACCGACUCCAUCCGCCGAGGAGGACGCAGCAGUCACAGCGGUUCCUACUUCAACAGGAUCGGUUGCGGAGGAUAUAGGACUGGCCCCAACGAUAUUCCCAACAUCAUCUCCUGCCAACGAGGAAGACGUAGAAGUGGCCGUUACAGCGGUUUCCACUUCAUCUGGGUCGGUGGCGGAGGAUACCGCGGUGAUCGACAGCACACCAUCCCCCACACCCACCGCGUCGACGACGGUUGUGCCGGGGUCAGCAUCGUUCUCAAGAUAAUCCCCAACAUCGGCUCCAACCACGCCAGCUAGCGAAACGGUAUCAGACGGUUCAGAAUCAUCCGCGAUGAGGUCGACCCCGACGCCGGCUGCAGCCGUCGAAGCACUUUCGGAAGAAUCCGUCUCAACCGCAUCCCCGACAACGACUCCUUAAGCAGAAUUCGAAGCUACAAGGCCGCCAUCACACCCGACGCAAUCCGAAACCAUAACGAUCGUCCGGACUUUACUGUUUGACCUAUAUUAGUCAACCAGCACUGGAUUUUGUUUGGGGUCCAAUACACGACUUCAUACCAAUAUAAUAAGUCAUUUAGUGUUACACCGAAGAUUCAAUCUACACGCGGAUUGUUCGAACCACGGUUUUUUCAUCUCUCGUUGAUGUACUACGUCCUUCACACCAAUGAGAUAUAAAUGGAGAGGGGUUUAUACCUUCUGUACAGUAGGUAUGAAUCGGGCGGUACUCCCGAUAUUAUGUUGUUACAUGUCUUGUGUCCCUCUUAAGAAGCGAGAGGAUACGCAUGAUGGUGCAGUUUACAAAGAUCUGCAGGUGGUGAAAGUAAGAAGGUUGCCGUGGUUCUUCUAUUCGUGUUCGAGCCACGUAAAACUGAGAGUACCUGUUGGAGCUGAUCUGGUCCGUGUGACUCCUCUUGUUCGUUCCGGGUUGAUUGUCUUCCAGAAUUCUGCGAGCAGUUCGCAAAUCUAGCACUUUCGAAUGAAUGUGUCUGCUAGUAGGUCCCAACUAGUCUAGACUACGUAGAUGUAUGCGCCGUCGCUUUCCGUCCUUGUGUGUUUUCUCAAAUGCUUGUUGUUGGUCUGUGUGUUCUUGGAUAACAGACACUGGUUCUGUUCAUUUCAUUAUAUUAUAUGGGGGCGUUCACUGUAAGUGGUGUUAUGUUCACACACCAAAAUGCCCCGCGCUCAACCAUCGCUCGUUGCCGUGGGGGGGGAGGGAGUGAACACGGGUAGGCGAGCGGAUGCCGUGGGCGCUAGAAGUACAUGAAGGCACAUGAAUCAGGGUUGCUUUUCAUCGAUGCUGAGUAGAGGAUCGCAUAGACGUCGACCAGUACGGAACUCGUCUACGAUUCAUUCCCUUGCUUUCCUUUCGCUAUAGCACAUGCGGUUGUUAGGUAACACUCUUCCGGUUUCGGGUGCACACAAACAUUGCACAGAUAGGACAGAUGAGAUGACGGCAGAUCGGCGCUUUCGCAGGGUGGUACAUCCGUUGUGAUCGUUAGGACAUGUCUUUGGUGAUCCGUGUAUGUUCGGAUGGUGGUCUGUGAAUCAUUUGUAAACUAGUCUACUGCCCGUAGCUGAUUAUUACAUGUCUUAUGCGUGUAGAAGGUGCGAGGUGUAACGGAAUAUUUUCAAGCAUUGUUUUCAGCGUCACAGUAGUGCACAGAUGACAGUACUAUUGAGGACGAAAAAGCGGGAGUGCCGCAAGAAGAAAACAGACUUUCGCAAACGAUUGGAAUGCAAUACAUCGCGCAUCGCUGUACGGAUGUAUAGUCAGCCUAGACGCUAAAAGUCGUCGUUUGGACGAACAUCAGUUUGACCGUUGCCAAGCGCCUCAUGUUUUUCGUACCCUACGUCUUGAAGGCAGAUGGUGUGGGAGAUGUACGAUUCACAGCCUCAUGCUCGUUCCUAGAAGGUACAACGGAUAUAGCGGUAGCUAGGCCAUGUUGGUCGCCCCGG